GCGGAGCUUUGGAUCUGUUGCAUUAGCCGGUUGCAUUGCGUGCUGAAAAUCAUUGUUUCUAGCCGCCUGACAAACAUGUCAAACGUGUGUCAGGUAACCGUGUGAAAUCAACAGAAAAGCCAGAAUUUUACGGAGCGAAAAGUAGCCGGUUAAAGCCGCGCUUCAUUCUGCGCGAACAGAGUCGUUUUUAAGAGUUGAGAGACACUUUCAAAGUUGUUGAGAAAUUACAAAUUCUGGUCAAUAUUUACAAAAGCGGGUUAGUCAUUAACCGUCCUCGGUUGCAGCAGCUGCACAGAGUCCCACCUCGCACACAGUCAGCGAGCCGCUCGGCCACUCUGCCCGCUUUGCAAUGCUUCUUGUACGGCUAUGGAGAAGCCUGAGUCCCGUGUACAGAGGAGUUCACCUGUCGGCAUGGAAACGAACCCAGAGCCACGCAGCAGCAGCGUCAGCUGUCCGGCUGGACCUCAGCGGUAUUUAUCCGCCCAUUGCCACUCCGUUCACCGCCAAGGAGGACGUGGACUACCAGAAACUGGAGGGAAACCUGCAGAAAUAUGCCAAGAUACCAUUUAAAGGUCUGGUGGUUCAGGGCUCCAACGGGGAGUACCCGUACCUGACGGAGGAGGAGCGGGUGGAGGUGGUGAAGACGGUCAGGAGAUCACUGCCGACCGACAAACUGCUGGUGGCCGGAUCAGGCUGUGAAUCCACGAGAGCCACAGUGCAGCUCACGGAGAAGAUGGCGGCAGCCGGAGCCGACGUCGUCCUCGUGGUAACGCCGUGCUUCUAUAAGGGCAAGAUGGACGGCCGCGCUCUGAUCCAGCACUUCACAAAGGUGGCCGACAGCAGCCCGGUGCCGGUGGUUCUGUACAGCGUACCGGCCAACACGGGCCUGGAGCUGCCGCUGGACGCUGUGGUGCAGCUGUCUCAGCACCCAAACAUCCUGGGCCUUAAGGACAGCGGAGGAGAUAUCUCCCGGAUCGGCCUGAUUGUUCACAAAACCAAAACGCAGGAUUUCCAGGUGUUGGCGGGCUCAGCAGGGUUCCUCAUGGCCGCCUAUUGUGUUGGUGCGGUUGGCGGAGUGUGUGCGCUGGCUAACGUUCUGGGCCAGGAGCUGUGCGAGUUGGAGCGUCUGUGCGUGUCCGGUCGCUGGGACGAAGCCAGAGUCCUGCAGCAGCGCCUCAUCGAGCCCAACGCCGCCGUGACCAGGAAGUUGGGAGUCCCCGCCCUCAAGCAGGCGAUGGAGUGGUUUGGUUUCCACGGCGGCGCCUGUCGAUCACCUCUUCAGCCGCUCACAGAGGUCGAGGCUCAGCAGCUGAGGCGGGACUUCUCCUCCAACGGCUGGCUGUGAGGUGACACGGGUGACGGGCAGAGAGAGACAGAGUGUGUGUGUGUGUGUGUGUGUGUGUGUGUGUGUGUGUGUGUGUGUGUGUGUGUGUGUGUGUGUGUGUGUGUGUGUGUGUGUGUGUGGCAGGUCAGCCCUUACAGGCCAGCUACAUUGCAUGCAUGUAUGCGGAGCUGAUGUUCCAAAAAUACGCUUCCACUAUAAUCAAUGAAACUGUCAGAGGUGCGCCUGCUCCGCAGAGAUCCGCUCUACAAGGGUAAAAAUAGGACCGUCUUCCAUUUGUAUAUUUUACCCGAGGUGUGUGCGGCCCUUUCACACAGAAACGGAUCAUAAAGUGUCUAUUAUGUCUUUGAAGUUAAAAUACCAAUAUACAGGAAACAACUUGAUGACUGUCGAUGAGAGUAUCUGCAGUUUUUUUAUUUCUUGUUUCCGGUCACCUGCGUCCUCUGAUAACCGCUGACAGUAGAUUGACGUUUCACAGCGCUGUGCUCCUAUCAUCGGUUCCAAAUUUAACACGCGCAUGUUUGGGUUUCCGUAGCGGCGGCCGUACUUCCAGGCGCUUGUUGUGUUGCAGCCGCGGAGCACAGUAAGCAGCGCUCUAGUGUGGCUUUAUUUUACGUUGAAAAAGCCUGUAAAUCACCAUUGCGUCAAAAUAAAAUAAAAUGGUCCUCUUAUCUGAGAAAUAAGCAUGUGACUCGUUUCAACUUCACCCAUCGAAGAAUCAGAGUCGAGGAUCGAUAAGAGCCCGAAUCGAAAGGAAGAAUCAGAAUCGUUAAAAUCUAAACGAUGCCCAACCCUAGGAACGCGGCACAAAAAUAAAUCUGUUGCUGCCCCCCAUAAAAAUACCAAAAAUCAACUUAAUUAGGUUCAUAUACUGUACAGUAUGUCAUAUACUGGAGGUUUGAUCCUAAAAAUCACUUGCGUCUUACGUUUUCUGUCAUAAAUAAAACCUGAAUCAAAUCAAAGAUUUACCAAAUGGAUACAACUUCGAAGUUCUUUUUUAAUAGGUUCUGCUCAUGUUGCAUUUUAAGUUACAUUUUCUAUUCAUACUUCUUUUUAUUUUACCCUAAAAUCACUGUCGUACGGUCAAGUUGCUUCUCUGCUGCACCUCCCAAUAGUACAGAUAGAAAAAUUCAGUACAUUGAAAAGUUAGAAAAAUGUUGUAUGUGCACUUGUUUUGACAAUAAAAUAUGAUUUCACUUCAAUAACA